GGGCGCGGACUGAUACCGGACAGGACUGUUCCAGAGGAGAACCGGGGGAUUGAAUUUUUCCUUCCUCGCAGGGCGGUGGGAGGAGGUGGUGGACGGUGUUUAAAGGAGGAUAAACUGUGAUUGAAGCUGCCGGGGGUGGGGGGGAACUCCGUCUGCUGCUGCUGCUACUGAACCCCCUGACAGUAUCAACAUGGAGCUGGAGAACAUCGUAGCCAACACGGUGCUGCUGAAAGCUCGGGAAGGAGGAGGAGGAAACAGAAAAGGAAAAAGUAAGAAAUGGAAGCAGCUUCUGCAGUUCCCUCACGUCAGUUUGUGUGAAGAGCUGCGACAAACCACAGAGAAGGACUACAGCAGCCUUUGUGAGCGGCAGCCCAUUGGACGGUUACUCUUCAGACAAUUCUGUGAUACACGACCUGAACUGAGGCGCUGUGUCAAGUUUCUGGAUGCUGUGGCGGAGUACGAGGUGACUCCAGACGAGAAGAGAAAGGAGUGUGGACAGGAGCUCAUUGACAAAUACUUCAACCCAAAGUCGGAGGAGCAUGUGCCGGAGGUGGAGGAGGCCAUGUUGGCUCAGUGCACUGAGAGGCUGCAGCAAGAGGCCUGCAAGGAGCUCUUCAAGGACUGUACCAAAUUGAUCCACGACUUCCUGAGCGUGGCGCCGUUUGCAGACUACCUCGACAGCAUGUACUACAACAGGUUCCUCCAGUGGAAGUGGCUGGAGAGACAACCAGUAACGAAAAACACAUUCCGACAGUACAGAGUUUUGGGAAAAGGAGGCUUUGGAGAGGUGUGUGCGUGUCAGGUUCGAGCCACUGGGAAGAUGUACGCCUGUAAGAAACUGGAGAAGAAGAGGAUAAAGAAGAGGAAAGGAGAGUCCAUGGCGCUCAAUGAGAAACAGAUCCUGGAGAAAGUCAACAGCAGAUUUGUGGUGAGUUUAGCGUAUGCCUAUGAGACGAAGGACGCCCUCUGCCUCGUGUUGACGCUGAUGAACGGAGGAGACCUGAAGUUUCACAUCUAUCACAUGGGCGACGCGGGUUUCGAGGAGACGAGAGCUGUGUUUUACUCUGCAGAGAUCUGCUGCGGGCUGGAGGACCUGCACCGAGAACGCAUCGUCUACAGGGACCUUAAACCUGAGAACAUCCUCCUGGACGACCAUGGUCACAUCAGGAUAUCAGACCUGGGUUUGGCGGUUCAUGUUCCAGAAGAACAGACCAUCAAGGGCCGGGUGGGAACAGUGGGAUACAUGGCUCCGGAGGUGGUGAAGAACGAGCGGUACACGUUCAGCCCGGACUGGUGGGCUCUGGGCUGCCUGCUGUACGAGAUGAUCGAGGGUCAGUCUCCCUUCCAGCAGAGGAAGAAGAAGAUCAAGAGGGAAGACGUGGAGCACCUGGUGAAGGAGGUGGCGGAGGAAUAUUCCAGCAAAUUCUCAGAGGAUGCAAAGUCUGUCUGUAAAAUGCUGCUGGCCAAAGACCCUUCAGAGCGUCUGGGCUGUCAGGGUGAAGGAGCCUCAGAGGUCAAAGCUCAUCCAAUCUUCAGAUGCAUCAACUUCAAACGGCUGGAGGCCGGCAUGCUGCAGGCGCCGUUCAUUCCUGAUCCACAGGCAAUCUACUGUAAAGACGUGUUGGACAUCGAGCAGUUCUCCACAGUGAAAGGAGUGGAGCUGGAGCCAAAAGACGAUUCCUUCUACAGCAAAGUGUCCACCGGCAGCGUCUCCAUCCCAUGGCAGGAUGAGAUGAUCGAGACGGAGUGUUUCGUAGAGCUGAAUGUUUUCCAGCAGGAUGGGACGGUUCCUCCUGACCUGGACUGGAGAGGACAGCCGUCUCCUCCACCCAAACAGGGACUCCUGCAGCGGCUUUUUGGCAGACAGGACUGCUGUGGUAACUGCAGCGACAGUGACGAGGAGCCAACCAGGCUGUGACAAAUACACAUACCCACACAGACACACGGACACACCAAACCCACACAGACACACGGACACACGGACACACCAAACACACACACGCACGCACACACACACACACACACACACACACACACACACACACACACACACACACACACACACACACACACACACACACACACACACACAGGAUCUUAUUUGUUUACAACUUUUGCACAUUUGUAUUUUUAAGAUAGUCCUAUCUCUAAAUGUCAGAAUGUAUAUUUUCAGCAUAGCCAUAAUAAUGUUAAUGUUAUUUAAAAAAGUGUGAAAUAUAAAAAUGAGGAGACUUGGAGCUCAAAGAAGACAAACUGCUUCUUUUAUUUUUUAUUUCUUCAUCCAGGGAAGUUUUUAUUUUUCUGUCACAUUCCUGCUCUCACACUCGUCCGUGUUUCUGACGCAGAGCCGCUGCAGCUCCUCGGGAACAAUCAUUGCCUGCUGUAGAAGUGCCUUGCUGGAGGGCACCCUGACAGUGGUUACUAAAGGGAGGACUGAGCAUUCCUCUUGUCUCUUUACUUUGUCCAGGGAAUCAAACCAGUGACUUUCAGCUCAUGAAAUGUGACCACUUUUCCUCCUCCGCCCUCCAUCCUGCUGUGACAAACCUCAGCUUGUUUUUCUUCUAUUUAAGUCUUUUAAUAAAAGUUUGAUUUGUA